AUGAUCGCCGACUCGCCGAGAGCCAUCCAACAGCUCGUCUCAAUGGCCACCCUCGAAGCCGUCUCUUUCGUACCCGCUGGUCUCGCCGGCAUGAAAGUCGUCGAGUAUCAGCUGCAGUACGCCCCUCAGCAAAUGCAGAAAGCCCCGCAUCCUGUACAGUACUUCCAGCAGCAGCGAGUUCCGCAGCAUCUUCAACACGACUGCUCACGCAAACCCAAUAGCCCGCCGUUCCGCCGCCAAUGACUGCCCGACAGGUCAUUCAGAACAACCUGGCACUGCAGCAGGUGCAACGAAAGCAGUAAUUUGUGACACUCGCAUCCAAAAAUUAACCCCGCAUGCCGAGCGGUGCAAGUGCGCUCCAUUGAGAGCGUUGCGUGCCGCGUCGCAGCCCACUUUUCGAAAUUAUUUUGCUCAGUUUUUGAACAGUUUCGGUGUCUUUCCGCUGUUUUCAGGUGAGUUUUGCGAAUUCUUUGUAGGAAAAUGAUAAAAAUGUGCUAGAACAAUUGUCCUCACUAGUUUAUUACACAAAUUUCACGUCAGAUUGUCUGACAAUUAAGUUUUUCCUAUUUUCUCGUUUGAAAGAUUUAGUCGGACAGUUGUUUUUUCCGCCAUUUCCCUCGCUUCGAAUGCCUCUGUCAAUUUUUUACACAUUUUCUUUGAAGGAUGACAUCAGUCGGUGUUCCAAUCAAGAUUCUCCACGAGGCUGAAGGCCAUACCGUCACUCUUGAGACCGUGACAGGUAAGUCGCCAUUUUCCAGGCUAAAGUUCCACAAUUUUCCUAUUUUUCAGGCGAGGUGUACAGAGGAAAGCUGGUCGAGGCCGAGGACAACAUGAACUGCCAGUUGGCCGAGACGAUCGUCACUUUUCGCGACGGAAGAAGCCAUCAGCUGGAGAAUGUGUUCAUUCGCGGAAACAAGGUACCCAAAUUCAUGAUUCCCACUGAAAUUAAUCGAAAACUUGUUCAGAUCCGCUUCAUGAUCCUUCCGGACAUGCUGAAGAACGCGCCAAUGUUCAAAAACAUUGGAAGAGCGCAAAAAGGGGCCAUCGGCAUGGGUCUCGGCGGACUGGACCAGCGCGGAAGAGGACGCGGAACGGCUUUCCGCAGACCGACCGGACGCGGAGGACCGCGUGGAGUGCCACGUCCCGGAGGCGCUCCACCAUUCCGCGGAUAG